UUUGCGACACUAUAACUCACGAACGACUUAACCAAACAAAACACUGUCAAGGACUAUAUUAUAGCGCGCAAAAAUACCUUUCCAACAAGCUAUAGUAUGACUCGAUACAAUGAAUACAACUAGAACUACGCGCUUACGACACCUCGCGGAAAUACCGCAGGACUUUUUUGACAGCCUAAUAUCUCAAACUUCCGUUUGAAAUGGUAUACCUGCAGAGGAUGGUUCGUGCACUUAUAAGGUGGUAAGAAUGUCCAUCUAAACAACUGUUAAGGGUAAGAAGGUAAGGGUAAUUUUGAAAGCGAAAAUUCUGUCUAUGCUUAUGGGUCCAUCAUCGAUGACGCAUCAACCAUUGCAAUACUCGACGACGGUGCUAAACAGGGGCUGAUGAAUUUAUCUUUUCAUGUGAGGAACUCUCUAUUGAGAUGGCAUUAACCCUUUCUCUACGACAGUGUGCUACCGCUGAACGGAGAAAUGCGCCGAAAAGUAUGCAUAUCGCGCUGGUGUGAUCGAUGUGCAGUAUCACCCUGAUGUCGUCUAAAGACGACGCUCGUACACACUAGUCAUCGCACGGAUGUCGUCUAUAGACGACGCUCGUAGAGAAAGGGUUAAAAAACCUAACGAAUGCUAUUAAACCUAUUGUUCGAGUUCGGCAAAUAUUCUCUUAGAUGUACUACAUGGGCUGAAAAAUCCCGGGAUUUUUGAUGAAAACAAUCAUUUUCUGGGCAAAGCAGUAUUUAUUCCUCAACAUAGUUUUCUUCGAGGACAAUACACUCGGUAUAGCCAGUUUCCAACACGUCAGUAACCAAUUAUAAUUGGGGGUGUAUGUUUUUUCAGGCCAACUGGUAGUGGAUUCGCUGCAAAAGACAGGCGCUCGGUUUACGACCACCAUUUUUGAAAGUGUCGAGGAGAUUUGGCCUUUGUUUUUCCAUUUUUUAACUCUCAUGAACCACACAGACCUUAAGACCUGAACCACAUGAACUUAAGUCUAAAUGAAUUAUAACAACAUAAAUUAUAAACUCAAGUCUGAUUAGUGAAAACAAUAAUAAGAAGUGUUGUUGGAUAUCACUACUUUCAUUCAAAUUGAAGCUCAAUUACCUGAACAAAAUGAUUAAUAUACAACUAAACCAAUGACAUUCUACAGAUGAUAUAAUAUAAGAUAACCAACCAAAAACAAACGAACCAUGUUAGACACACUCAAGUUCUUGUUCUUCGUGGUUCUACUGCUGAUAACAAUCAUUCUGAACCAAAAUGUUACGUCAAAGAAAUCCGGCGAACGGAAUUUGAGUCAAUUUUGGCGAAUCGAAAACGCUAAUGGAACACUUAAAAUGGAAAACCAAUCGCUUCCAUCGGGUGUGUACUCGGGUUUGGAGCAAGCACUCAUCAUCGAGUCGGUUCUCGACUUCAAAAAUGACUUGACCACUAAAUGGAUAGCCCAAGACAACUGGAUAUACACGAUGGAUCUUCCUUGCAACAUAGACGAACUCAGUAACUUCACGAACGUUAUACUGACCUUGCACGGAGUUGAUACCUUCUCAAAAGUGUAUUUGGAUGACAAAUUGCUCGGUGAGACGAACAACAUGUUCGUUCGGUAUCGGUUCGAUCUUAAACGGCAGUUGUGGAAUGAGUACAAAACCCCCUCCAAGCUUCGCAUUGUUAUUCGAUCCCCGGUAACGGAAGCUUUGCUGCUAUCCAAAAAUUAUCAACAAUUGAAAAUCGUGCCGGAGUGUCCACCUAAUGUGUACAACGGAGAGUGUCACGUGAAUUUGAUAAGAAAAAUGCAGGCGAGUUUUUCUUGGGAUUGGGGCCUGGCCGCGCCUUCAAUGGGGAUAUGGAAGCCUGUUCGAUUGGAGUUCUACGAUUCCGUCAAAAUCCGAGACAUUACGUUUGCAUUGAGCGAUGAGCAAACCCACUGGAAGGUUCGGAUCGGCGUGUAUUUGGAAACGGGCAUGAAAAGCCGACCAGUGAAAGGGACACUGACCUUAAACAUAUUAGGUCUGAAAUUUGAAGAAGGUGAAGGAGUACUUUCUGUCAAGAACCAUAGCAAUCAAUCUGGUGAGCUAUUCGUGGAGAACGUACUGACGGUGAGCAAGGAUUCCGUCCAACUGUGGUGGCCCAAUGGAUACGGUCGACAAGCAUUGUACAGUUUGUAUGUGAAGUGGGAGGAUAAUUUGGUUAAUAGCGUUCAGCUCAAAGAUCGCGAAUCGAUGAUAGCUGAGAAAGUAGUUCGUAUAGGCUUUCGCAAUAUCGAGCUCAUCCAGGAACGAGCUCACGAUGGAUUGAUGUUCUACUUCAAAGUCAAUGGUAUUUCUAUGUUCAUGAAAGGUUCAAAUUGGAUUCCAUCGUCAAUCCUGCCGGAGAGUUCAUACGAUGAAAAUUAUGUCAAGUUUCUACUUUACGCCACCCGGGAUGCGAAUAUGAAUAUGCUUCGAGUUUGGGGCGGGGGAGUAUACGAGAGUGACUACUUUUAUCGAUUGGCAGAUGAGUUAGGGAUCCUUAUCUGGCACGACUUGAUGUUUGCAUGCUCAAUGUAUCCAUCGAAUGAUGAGUUUCUAGAAAAUGUUGCCCUGGAGGUUGAUCAGAAUCUGCGGCGGAUCCAGCACCAUCCAAGCAUUGCUCUGUGGGCAGCCAAUAACGAAAACGAAGUGGCCUUGCGUCAAAAUUGGUAUGGAACAGCGACGAACGAGGAAGCUUACAAGAAGGACUACAAGAGGCUGUAUGUUGACGUCAUUGAACCGCAAAUUUUCAAGGUUGACAAAUGGCGGACAGUUCUCAUAUCUUCGCCUUCAAACGGCGAAGAAUCAGUUAGGGAAGACUACAUUGCGAUUAAUCCCCAAGAUCCACGCUUUGGAGAUGUGCAUUACUACAACUACAUAAUGGAUGGCUGGAACCCCAUCAUCUACAGCGGGGGUCGAUUCAUUUCCGAAUAUGGCUACCAAUCGUUCCCAGCACUCACAAGUUGGCCAGUUCGCGAUCUUCGACCUGAUGAGCUGGGAGAUUUGAUCAACCAUCGACAGCAUAGUCCUCUUGGGAACGAGCCUAUUUUGACUAUGAUUGAGAAAAAUUUACCCAUGCCAUUGACCAAUUCAACAGAUUAUUGGCGCGAUAUCAUAUACCUUAGCCAAGUUUCCCAAGCGAUGAUCGUGAAGACGGAAACCGAGGUAUACAGAUCGAAGCGGAUCGAGCAAGGUACAAUGGGAGCCCUCUAUUGGCAGCUGAAUGACGUUUGGAUCGCUCCCUCUUGGUCUAGCAUAGAAUACGGUGGCAAGUACAAAAUUCUGCACUACUGGAUAAAGGACAUAUUCGCGCAAUAUCAUGUGAUAUCUUAUGUCAAUGCACUGAAAAAGCUCGACUUAUUCGCAAUACGGGACACAAUAGGCACGGAUGAAAGAUGGACAAUUACUGUCAACAUUCAUCGUUGGAACGAUUUUAUGCCAGUGGACACGAUCAAAUACCAUUCCAUCAAUGUUCCAGAAAACACCGUUGUGAAAGUUGAUUCCUACGACGUUUAUGGCCACCUGAGGAAAAGGAACCUUAAUCCAAAGGACCAUCUUUUACUCAUCGACCUCUACCGCGAAGGCAAGAAAGUUGCAGAGAAUUUUGUAUUUCUCGAUAAAAUUAAAAAUGCCCCGCUUGCAUCUGACCCUACCGUAACUGUUAACAUUGCUGCUUCAAGCUGCAAUACUGCAACUAACAUUAUUCACGUUAGUAUAGAAACCAUCGUGAGUUCACCUGCUAUAUUCCUAUAUUUGGAUUUAACGCCAGAAAAUAGUGCACUGAAGCAGUGUCAGUUUUCGACGAAUGGCUACCUGCAAUUUACUCCAAUUCAGAUGGUUCACUUACGAUGUGUGGAUGCAGGAUGCAAGUCGAAGCUUCAAAGUAGUGAUAUCAGUGUAUUGACCGUAAAUCAAUUGUUGUUGAAAUAAUUUAAAUGAUGGCUGUAAUAUACAUAUGUACACACAUA